CGUCCAGAUGUCUCGACCUAAAGCCGCGUCGGUGGUGCUAUCGCCAGUGUUGGUGGUGCUGUUAGUGCUGAUCCACCACCACCACACAGAUGCUCGUUCUGUGCCGUCGAUACCCAGUAUUUGUAAUAAACCGCCGCCACGUUCCGAUGGUGUUUGCAUGAUCGAGUUCGAGGGAUACUACUUCGACCCGGCCACUCUGGACUGCCAUAUCUACUCAGUCGGGGCAUGUCACUCGACUCCUGGCCAGAGUUUCGGUAGCCUCCAGGAUUGCGUUUCUACUUGUGUCCUUGGCAGUCGGCGAAAUCAUGACUUGUAUGUGAACGAAUAACAUAAAUAAAUAUGUAAACAAAUGUA